AUGAAAACAAGUGAUGGUAAAUCUCGUUAUUUUGGUUUUAUUGGUUAUCGCACAGAACAAGAAGCAAAUGAGGCAUUAAAGUAUUUUAAUAAUACUUAUAUACAUACUUCAAGGAUCGCAGUUGAGAUUGCUAAACCUGUAAACGAUUCAUCACUUUCUAGACCUUGGAGUGCGCACAGUGUUGAAUUUUUGGAAGUUAUGCAACCAAGAUCAAAAUCUAAAACUUGGGCAAAUGAUGAUUUGACAAUUUUAGAUUCACAUUUGAAAAAUUCUAAAGUAAUAAACGAAAGCAAUCCUAUUAAAAAGAAUGCAAAAAUUGAAAAAUCAGAUGAUGAUGAACUUUAUCAAGAUUUACCAAAGCAAGGCAAGAAAGAUGUGACUAAAUCUGCAAAUAAUAAAAAUAAUAUGUCAAGUAGCGAGAGCGAAGAUGAAGAAAUGCAGGAUGUUGAUACGACUAUAGACUCGAUAUCAGAUACAGAUUGGCUCAAGUCAAGAAUGAGAGGAAAACUUGAUUUAGAAGAUGAAGGAGAGUCUUAUGAUACGAAUAAUGAUGAUAUACAAACACCCAACAAAGAGACAAUUAAUAGUAAUCAUUCCACCGAAGUUCCAGCAGAAGAAUCUAUAGGUGAAACUGGUCGUUUAUUCGUUAGAAAUCUUCCAUACAUCUGUACGGAAGAAGAUUUACGGAGAGAGUUUAUCAAAUUUGGACCACUCGCCGAAGUUCACAUGCCGCUUGAUAAAGAAACUAAGAAACAAAAAGGCUUUGCUUAUAUUCUUUAUCAUAUUCCCGAGCAUGCUGUCAUGGCUUAUAUAGAACUUGAUAACAAAUUUUUUAUGGGUAGAUUAUUACAUAUUUUGCCUUCUAGGGAAAGACCUACAUCACGCGACGUUGACCAAAGUAAAUGGAGUUUGAAAAAACAAAAAGAGAUGAAACUGAAAGCACAAGCAACAAACGACUUUAACUGGAGUACUUUAUAUAUGAAUAGCAAUUCAAUUGCCGAAUCCAUUGCAAAUAGAUUUAAAAUUAAAAAAUCGGACAUAUUAGAUCCCGAGAGUGACAAUAUGUCCGCUCGUCUUGCUCUUGCAGAAACACAUAUUAUACAAGAAACGAAAGCCUUUCUUUCCGAGAAUGGAAUGUGCUUAGAUUCCUUUGGAAAAAAGGAGAAAAGUGAUACUGUUAUCCUGGUAAAAAAUAUUACGUUCAGUACCACUAAAGAAGACUUGCAACAAUUAUUUGGAUGGUACGGAGAAAUUGGUCGCAUACUAAUACCACCGGCCCAAACUCUUGCUGUAAUAGAAUUCUUACAUCCAACGGAAGCUAGGAACGCAUUCACAAACCUUGCUUAUAAAAAGUUUAAGGGAGUUCCACUUUAUCUAGAAAAAGCGCCAAGUGGUGUUUUUAAAAAUGAUGAAUCAUCUGAACAAGAAGGAAAGAAAGUAGUAUCUUCUGCUGACCUUGUUGAACCUACACCUGAUAUAGAUGAUGAUAACGUCGAUGUUGAUUCUGAAGUGACUGCUACUCUAUUUGUGAAAAAUAUAAGUUUUGAAACUACAGAAGAAGGGCUAAAAAAUUUAUUCAAAAGUACUCCUGGUAUGAAAUCUGCAAAAAUAAGAAUGAAGAAUGAUCAAAAAAAUCCCGGUAAGAAGUUAAGUAUGGGAUUUGGUUUCAUUGAAUAUGAUAGUAUAAAAAAUGCAAAGAAUGCCUUAAAAGCUAUGCAGAAUUAUUUACUUGAUGGUCAUGCGUUACAACUGAAAUUUUCAAAUCCCUUUGAAACAACAAUAAAAGAAUUAAGGGAGUUAUUUGGUGCUUAUGGACAAAUUAAAUCACUUAGAAUACCAAAAAAAUUUGAUCGUACAUCACGUGGUUUUGCCUUUAUAGAGUUUUUAACGAAACGAGAUGCAAGAAAUGUUAUGGAAAAUUUACGAGAUACUCAUUUAUUGGGUAGACAUUUAAUAUUGGAAUAUGCUGAAACUGAAAAAAAUGUUGAAGAAUUAAGAGAGAAGGCUGGUAGAGAAUAUAUUGCCGACAUUGAAGGCGGAGACGGUAGAAUGAGAAAAAGGAAAAAGGUUGAUAUGGAAGAUUGGAAAGAAAGUCAACAUGAUGAUGAAAUGGAAGAAUAA